CUUUCCGGAGCCAGUUGAUAAAUAAAAAAAGUUUUGGCCUGGAAUACCCCUUUAAGGGCCAGGAAAGGGUUAACAAGCAGUUGCAACCGAUUUUCAAUCCUUUCCCUUGGAAACAUUGUAUCAAACAGUAACAAACAAUAAAUACAAAAUAAAGAGGCAGAAGAAUAUUUUCUGAGGAUUGGCGAAAAUUCAGCUUGGAAAAUUCCGCAGCAGCAGAGUCCCCUUGUUUUCAAUGGUAUUCUGCUGCACCGAGCACACGGCGGAAACUGGCGGAAAUCUGCUGCGAAAAUCUCAAUUCUGGUUGACAUGUCAAUUCUCGUUGUCUAUGGAAACGGCAUAUUCACCAAAUUUAGCACAAUUUUCAUAAAAAAUUAUGUUGCAUGAAAAUAGCCAGAUGGCGUUGUUUAUUUGGUGCCAAUGUAUUCUGUAGCUCAUGCAUUGAGUACACCAGUGUUACCGAACAAGAGUGCCCCCAGCUGUUGCAAAGGGUCUGGACAGCCAUUGGCAACAGCUGGAGGCACUUUGUUUGGAAUAGACAGGUCAUUGGCUAUCCAGGCAUGCUGGGAGUUGCAGUUUUUCAACAGCUGGAGGCACCCUGGUUGGGAAACAUAGGUCUUUAGUUGUCAUGUCAUGGUGGGAGUUGCAGUAUGGCAACAGUUGGAGGCACACUGAUUGGGAAACAUUGGUCUUUAGUAGUCUUGGCAUGGUGGGAGUGGUAGUAUGGCAAUAGUUGGAGACUUGCUGGGUGGGUAACAGCAGCCAAUGGCUGUCUGGGCAUGCUGGGAGUUGUAGUUUUGCAACAGCUGGAGGCACUCUUGUUGGAAAAAAACAUUAGUGUUUGGCUGUCCGGGCAUGCUGGGAGUUGCAGUUUUGCAACAGCUGGAGGCACUCUUGUUGGAAAAAACACUUGUCUUUGGCGGUCUGGGCAUGCUGGGAUUUGGAGUUUUGCAACAGCUGGAGGCACACUGGUUGGGAAACACUGAUCUUUGACUGUCUGAGCAUGCUGGAAGUUGUAGUUUUGCAACAGCUGGAGGCACGUGUCAGGAAACACCGGCGAUCACCAACAUGAUUAAAGCCCUGGAAAGGGUUAACAGGCAGUUGCAAACAGCAGCAAAAGAUUUAGAAUCCUUUCCUCCUGGAAACAAUGUAUCAAACGGUAACAAACAAUAAAUACAAAACGAAGAGGCAGAAGAAUGGCGGCGAUAAGUGCGAUAAUUGGGAGAGAAUUGUCAGACAGGAUGUGCAGAGAAGGUUCUGCGCCCCACAAGGCUCCGGUGCUCUGCUCGAUAGGCCCUUGAUUGUUCAGCCUAGAGAUUCAUUUCCUGGUUGGGAGGGAGCACUCGGAGGAGAAGAAUCCUUCCCUGCCGCCUUAAAGGGAGACUGAGCCUAAAGAGAGGAGAAAAUCCAAAUAAAGGCUGGAGGCGACCGUAGGGACCGCGGGGGGACACAUUGUAAAGGAGCUGACACUGUCCUUAAGGAGGGACCACUCAGUAUUAAUAAAGAGAUAUUAGGCAUCUGUCACAUCAACCCCCCUAAUACCACCCACCCCGCACCCGCCUGGCAUUGGGUGACACGGAUUUGACAAGACGAUUGUGGUGGUCGGGACGGGGAGGGGGGGGCAGGUAAAAAAUGGAUAACCAGCAGCAAGCAGCUGCCGGAGGAGAGGACUCCCCAGGAAAGAACCCCAAAGAAUCGAAAAGGAAACCCAACGACCAAGACGACAGCAAAAAUAAACCAAAGCUGAACAUUCAGAUAAAAACGUUGGCGGACGAUAUGCGCGACCGACUUACAAGUUUCAGGAAAUCAGGGGUGAAAAAAGAGAAGCCGCUCAUCCAGCAUCCCACAGACUCGCCGGCAACCAUAGCUGAAUUCCCGGCUCCUCAGCAACUAUUCGAUGAGCGAUCCUUGAAUCUGUCUGAGAAAGAAAUUAUGGAUCUUUUUGAAAAAAUGAUGGAAGAUAUGAAUCUGAAUGAAGAGAAGAAAGCGCCGCUGCGGCAGAAAGAUCUUGCGAGGAAACACGAGAUGGUCGUCCAGUACAUAUCAGCCACCGCCAAAUCGAUAACUGGGAGUAAAGCCGCGGGCGGCCUGAAGAACAAUAAACAUGAGUGCACCCUGUCCUCCCAGGAAUAUGUGCAUGAACUGCGCUCUGGGAUCACCGACGACAAACUCCUCAAUUGUCUAGAGUCCCUGAGAGUCUCCCUAACCAGCAACCCCGUCAGUUGGGUUAACAACUUUGGACAUGAAGGCCUCGGGCUCCUGCUGGACGUUCUGGAGAAGCUUCUGGACAAGAAACAGCAGGAAAAUAUUGACAAGAAAAAUCAGCAUAAACUCAUCCAGUGCCUGAAAGCUUUCAUGAACAAUAAGUACGGCCUGCAAAGGAUGCUGGGAGAAGAGCGAAGUUUAACUCUCCUGGCAAGAGCGAUCGAUCCAAAACAAGCCAACAUGAUGACGGAGAUCCUGAAGAUCCUGUCCGCCAUCUGCAUUGUUGGGGAGGAUAACAUACUGGAGAAGCUUCUGGAAGCGAUCACUACAGCUGCUGAAAUUAACAACAAAGAACGUUUUGCACCAAUUGUGGAAGGAUUAGAAAAUCACGAAGCGCUUCACGUCCAGGUCUCUUGUAUGCAAUUUAUCAACGCCCUUCUGACCUCCCCGGAGGACCUGGACUUCAGGAUACAUCUGAGGAACGAGUUCUUACGAUGUGGACUGAAGCAAAUAUUACCUCAUCUAAAGGAAAAGGAAAACGAGGAGCUUGAUAUCCAGCUCAAAGUAUUUGAUGAGAAUAAAGAAGAUGACCUCCUGGAACUCUCGCACCGCCUCAGGGACAUCCGCGCUGAGAUGGACGACAUUAAUGAAGUCUACCAUCUCCUGUACAAUAUGCUGAAGGACACCGCGUCCGAGCCCAUCCUCCUCUCCAUUCUGCAGCAUUUCCUCCUCAUCCGCAAUGACUUCUACAUCAGGCCACAGUACUAUAAAGUCAUAGAUGAAUGUGUUGGACAAAUCGUGUUACAAUGUGGGGGAAUGGAUCCCGACUUCAGAUACAGGGGGCGACUGGAUGUAGAUUACUCUCAUUUAGUAGAUUCCUUGGUGGAUAAAGCAAAAGUUGAAGAGAGUGAACAGAAGGCGUCUGAGUUCUCCAAGAAGUUUGAUGAAGAGUUUUCGGCGCGGCAGGAGGCGCAGGCCGAGCUUCAGAAACGGGAGGAGAAAAUCAAAGAGCUGGAAAGUGAGAUCCAGCAGCUGCGGACACAGGGUGCUAAACCAACAGGGGGACCACCAGCACCUGCAGGAGCAGCAGGGGGUCCUCCGCCGCCUCCUCCACCACCACCUCCACUUUUUGGUGGAAUGGUCCCUGGUCCUCCACCACCACCGCCUCUUCCUGGGGGAGGUCCGCCUCCGCCUCCACCAUUUCCUGGAGCUCCGCCUCCUCCUCCUCUGCUGGGAGGUCCACCACCACCACCACCUUUCGGGAGUAUGCGAUUUUCGGCACCUAUGGCUCCACCUCCUGUAGUUUUGCCUUUUGGGAUGAAGCCAAAGAAGGAAUACAAACCAGAAACAACCAUGAAGAGAAUAAAUUGGUCAAAGGUUGAACCUCAGGAGCUGGCAGAAUCUUCUUUCUGGGUAAAGGCACGUGAAGAAAAAUUUGAAUAUCCGGAACUUUUUUCAAAAUUGUCUCAGACUUUUGCAACACACCAGAAAGUAAAGAAAACAAAUGAUGAAGAAGAGGAAAGAAAACCAGUCAUGGCCAAGAAAAAAGUGAAGGAACUGAAAGUCCUGGACAGUAAAACGGCCCAGAAUCUGUCCAUCUUCUUGGGAUCUUACCGAAUGUCUUAUGAAGAAAUAAAGAACAUUGUCUUGGAAAUAGAUGAAGAAAAAUUGUCGGAAUCUUUAAUUCAGAUGAGCACGGUGAAGAUGCUGCGGCCGCGUCUGAACGGGAUCCUAUUCAAGUUGACCUUUGAGGAGCAGAUAAGUAACAUCAGGCCGGACAUCAUAGCGGUGACGCUGGCCUGCGAGGAGCUCAAGAAGAGCGAGAACUUCAAGAAAGUCUUAGAACUGAUCCUACUGGUGGGAAACUACAUGAACUCUGGAUCCAGAAACGCCAAAUCCCUCGGGUAUAACAUCAGCUUCCUCUGCAAGAUCCGAGACACAAAGUCCUCAGACCAAAAAACCACCUUGUUACACUUUCUUGCCGAUGUCUGUGAAGAAAGAUUCUCCGACAUCAUGAAAUUCCCUGAUGAGCUUGAACACGUGGAGAGCGCCAGCAAAGUUUCGGCGCAGAAUCUGAAGUCCAGCCUGGACGCCAUGGAUCACCAAAUAAAACGCCUGGAAGGUGACAUCAAGAACGUCCCCAAAACGGAUAAUCCGCACGAUAAGUUUGUAGAGAAGAUGACUACCUUUGCAAAGAAUGCCCGGGAGCAGUACGAGAAGCUUUCCAACAUGUACAACAACAUGAACAAGCUCUACAAUAACCUGGGAGAGUACUUCACCUUCGAUCCCAAAGCCGUGAGCGUGGAGGAAUUCUUCGGAGAUCUCAGCGGCUUCCGCUCUCUCUUCUUGGAAGCGGUCAAAGAGAACAACAAGAGGCGAGAAAUGGAGGAAAAGAUGAAACGGGCGAAGAUAGCGAAGGAAAAAGCCGAGCGCGAAAAGAUGGAGCGAAUGCAAAAGAAGAAGCUGCUGAUUGAUAUGAAUAAAGAAGGUGACGAGACCGGAGUAAUGGAUAGUCUGCUCGAGGCCUUACAGUCGGGCGCCGCGUUCAGGGACCGCAGAAAACGGACUCCGAAAGCCAACGAAAAUCGUCUCCACGCGUUGGAAAGGUCGCGCUCCAGGCACCAGGGACGGGCGGUCGCUACAUGAGUCUCUGGGCGCACCAAAGACGUAUUUGGCACGACGCCCUCGACCAAUAGGAGAAGAAUGUCGCUGCUGAGCCUGCAAAGAAAUUCAGCUCCGAAUGGAAAUAAAAAAAAAGAAGACUGUCAAACGAAAUCAGCAUGGGAGGAACGUCCUUGAUAUAAAGCUGCAAUUUUUGGCCUUUUUUGAAACAAAAAUUUUAAAAAAGUUUGUUAACAGUGUUAGAUACAUACGGUUAAAUGUUGUUACUUUUAUUGUCAUCCUCUUUUGGCAGGAAGGCACUGAAGAUAAUUCUAAAUGUUUUUUAUGUCUGAGAUUUUAGUUAGGCUUUUAUUAUAUAUGGAGAUAAAUAUAGUGAAAUGGUGUUGGCGUCACGAGGCGGGAUCCAACCAGAUGCGACCUUGCGCCUCGUUCACACUAUAUAUUAUUGUGCAGUAAGUGCCACUGAGGAGCAAAUUUAAUUUUUAUGCUAUUUUGCUAUUUUAAUUCAAUGUUUGAUAAUUCCCGUACUUCACUUUUCUGCUUCUCGCUUUCGCUAAUUAUGAGUUAUGACACUUGAAGAAUAGACACUGACUGGGGUUGGGAGGGGGGAGGGGGACUUUUAGGUCACAUGGAGGGGCACAUUUUAGCACUAAGGUUUUUAAAGCAACUUCCUAAUUGUUGGCAGUGUAACCGGUCAUCACUCACCCCUGGUCUGCGAUUUUAGAGCCAUACGCCAAUUCUGAGCUUGAUAAAGGGUCGACCAUAGAACACAGUUCAUUUCUUAGGCUAGGUUCACACUACGGAAUCUUCAGCCAGAGAUUCUGAGUGCCGCCAGUGCUGUGGGAAUCAGUCAGUGCUAGGAUCGCGGGUGCAUUGCCGUCUUCAUAGACAGCAAUGUAUUCCAGGUGGAUUCUGCCAAAAGAAUGAUCAAAAAUCAUUAUUUCGGCUGCGAACUUACAGUAAUGGAACAUCCGCCACUAAAAUUCUGUAGUGUGCGCCAACAACUAUGGGAUUUUGCUGCAUAGGAAUUUCCGACUUAAUUUGAAAGCAGAAUUCUGCUCGCAAAUUCCGUAGUGUGCCCCUAGUCUUAGAGGUAUGUAAUGGUCCGUAAACUUUUUUAGUAGCAGAAAAUUCCUUCACACUUAUUGUUGAGAUUUGGUUAAAAAAUAAAAUAAAAUAAAAACCACCCCCCAAAAACAAAACAAAAAACAUAGCUGCUUUCAUCCCAAAACAAAUGCCACGCUUGUCCACAGGUUGCGUAUGGAAUUGCAUCUCAGUUUUAUCGAAGGUAAUGGAGCAAAGUUAUGAUACCACACACGACCUAUGGAGAAGGGUGGUGCUGUUUUUGGAUUUUCGUCCACUGUGACUAAAGUAGUAGUCAAAUGGGUGAAAGAGUUAAUGCUGGGUGUGGGAUUGUUAGAUGCAGCACCAAACACACAAAAUAAAAAAAUUAAAAUAAAUCAGGGCACAAAACAAAUAACAUAAAGAAAAAUAAAUCUUUAUUAAAGCAUGUACAACAGCUAAAAA